GCGCAUAGCUCAGUACACUUGAAGCCCACAGCUCACAGCAACCAUGGAGGUGGACUCGAUGGCCGGACAGGACAUGGUGAUCAACGCGCAGGCGAUCGCGCAGCAGGCGCAAGACGAGGCGGACACGAUGAUGGACACGGAGGAGAACGACAGCGGCGUGGUGCGCCCCAACUUCCCGGCGCUCAGCGCGCAGCAGCAGUCCGGCGGCAAGAACGACUUCCGCCGCGUGCGCGUGCCGGCGCACCGCUACACGCCGCUGAAGAACGACUGGCCCAACAUCAUGAAGCCCAUCGUGGAGCACCUCAAGCUGCAGAUCCGCAUGAACACCAAGACGCGCUGCAUCGAGCUCAAGAACUCGCCGCACACGACGGACGCCGGCGCGCUGCAGAAGGCCGCCGACUUCGUGCAGGCUUACAUGAUGGGCUUCGAGGUGCAGGACGCCGUGGCGCUGCUGCGUCUCGAGGACCUGUUCAUCGACACGUUCGAGGUGAACGAUGUCAAGAUGCUCAAGGGCGACCACCUGAGCCGCGCCAUCGGCCGCGUGGCCGGCCAGGACGGCAAGACCAAGUACGCCGUGGAGAACGCCACGCGCACGCGCAUCGUGCUGGCCGACCAGAAGAUCCACAUCCUCGGCUCGUUCGCCAACAUCAAGCUCGCGCGUGACGCCAUUUGCUCGCUCAUCAUGGGCGCGCCGCCCGGCAAGGUGUACAACAAGAUGCGCAAUGUAGCUAGUAGAAUGAACGAACGAUUUUAA